ACUGGAAGUUUUUAGUUUUGGUUUUCCCGCGAAGUUUUAUAUGAUGCGAUUUUGUUUUGUUGGAAACUGAUUCGUAACGGAAUUGAUGACAUAUUUAAAAGUUUAAAAAAAUGGACAUGAGUACAUUUAAUCAGUAUUCUUAAAAUUAUAGUUAAUUUGAAGUGCUGGAAAAUAUUUUAAUUAAAAGAUGUCUAAAAGUUCUGUUACAACUCUAAUAGAAUGCAUGAAACUUUUACAAUCGGACAAGCUGACGGUUAGAAAAAAGCAUGCGGAGAUGAUGCAGAGUCUAAUUACGAAAUCCGAAAUUAUUACUUUCUUGGAUAAAAGUACAGAUAACAGAAGAAAAAGUGAUACUCAUUCAGAAAAGAAAAAUAUAACAUGGGAUAGUGUUUUUAAAGCAAUACAAAAUUAUAUUUUUGAAGAAGCAGAUAGGUUACAGAGAAAGGAUCCUUCUGGAAACAAACAAACUGCACUUAUAAUUAUGAAUUGGAAUAAAGAAAAAUUAGUAUGCUCUAGUCUUUUUAAGACCGUUGUUAAAGUUGCUAACCAGAGAGGACCAAGAUUAAAUAUUAUACGUCUUAUUAAUCACAUUAAUACGGUUCUUGACGAUGACUUUUUGUGUUCGAUGCUUGGUUUGGAUUCUACAAAUAUCUUGAUAAAAGAUAUAUUAAUAAUUAACCUGCAAUGCAAUGAUAUUAGUUUUCAAAUGUUUCAUUCUCUAAUUCAAAAAUACUUAAAAUUAAUUCAGCAUCCUCCUCCUGGUUGGGACAGAUGUUUAUUAACUCAAGCAUUACAUAUUUUAAUUGAGAAGGCUUUAAGUUUGUAUGAUUUUGACCCUAAAAUUAUUUUUGAUUUUGUUUCUCUCCAUUUCAAAACAAUAAAAUCAGAAAAAACAAAUGCGUAUCUAGAAGGGAUAUUAGCUUCUCUGAUGAAGUUAUGUUACAGUUUUAGUUUGGACUGUAGGCAGCAACUCUGCCAACUUGGAGAAGAAGUUUCUGUUCCUCUUUUACAUUUAUGGAAUAGUAAACCUAAUGAUAAAAUAAAAGAAAUGCUUUUAGAAUUUUUCAGACAUCAGAUUGCUGUACAUCAUCCAUGUGGUGCUACUAAAGCAGAAGAUGGUGCUUUAGCACAUAAUUGGGAUUUAUGGUUAGAUCAUUUAAAAAAGUUAUAUAAUAUUUUGAAUUCUGAUUUGACUAACUUUUCUGUGAGAAAUAAAUAUUCUUCUAACAAAGAAUUAAGUUUAAAACCAAAAUUUGUAAUCUUAGCAGUAGAAGUUUAUCAUCAAAUUUUUUCAUUGUCUCAACCAUAUAUAUGUGUAUCACAAUUUGGAACUUUUGAUGGAGAAAGUGCUUCAAAGAAACAAUGCAUAGAAGCCGGAAUUCAAUAUAUUGUGUCUUCACUUCAACAAGUUUCUACAACAGGAAGUGUUAUUCCAUUACUUCAGUUAUUAUCUAGAUUAUUAACAAAAUAUCCAGAUUCAAUGAAUGCUGAAGAUCUUAUCAAUCUGCUUGAGAUAUUACUUCAGAUUCAGUUAUCCUGUAAACAGUUAGAAAUAAAACAAUGGUUGUUAAAUUGUUGCCAUGCUGCUCUGAUGGCAUAUUGUUAUUGGAAAGAAAAAAAUUAUAAUGAGAUAAAUGCAGAAAACUUGCAUUGUGUAUCAAGUCAGUUAUGGGAAAGAACAAUAAAGACAGCUAGCUUAAAUCACUGUCAUGAAGAGAGUCAUAAACUCCUACAACUUAUGCUAAUUAAGAAAUUAGUGAUACCAAAAAAUGAAGUGUUUUCUUUAUUUUCCAAAGGUUCUGGUAAUAUUCCAUCUAAAGAUUCUUUACAAACUUUGUUGAUAUACAUUAAAAAUUAUUCUGUUCCAAAUCAGAAUUCUAUAUCAUUGAAUAAAGAAGAUAGUGAUUCCAAUAAUAAUAAAUGUUGGUUUCAACAUCAAAUAUUAGAGUGGCUUUUUCCUAUUAAUGAUGAUCAGAUGAAUGAAAAAUUUGUAAUCCCUUUUUAUCUUCAAUCUGCAGAUUUAAUUCCAUUAUUGUCUCAGUUACUCAUUGAAAUAUCCUUACAAAAUAAGACUGAUGUCAGAAAUUUACAGCAAGAUAUUUCUCAGUUUGGCAUAACAGAUUGGAAAUGGAUUGAUUAUUUAGAAGAAGAAUAUUUAAAAAUGACAUUUCAUAAAUUUUCUUUUUCCGAAUGGAAUGAAAUUAGUAAUGCUGAAAAUAAUCAAAUAUCAGAAAGAAAACAGAAAAAAGUAAUUUAUAGUGUUUGGAAAUCUAUUCAAGAAAUAAUUAUGAAAAUUUCUAGUGAAUUAUUGGAACAGUUUAUUCAGUCACAGUCUAUUGAUGCAAAUAUUCUUCUUAUGAAAGCAUAUUUCAUAACUGAAAUUCUAAAAAUUGCUUUUGAGUAUGAUAUUCCUACAAUAGAAGUUAUCACACAAACAGGAAUCGGAAAAUUAGUUGAAAAUUUGAUUGAAAAAGCUGUCAAAAAGCUUAUUGACACAUUUGAAAAAACAAGAAGAUUCAGUGAUAUAUAUAGUCCAUUAACUACUUUGGAAUGUAUAUUUUCUGCUAAUAUAGAUAAAAGUGUAAACAAAUAUAGUAGAGCAAAUUUUUCUGAAUGGAUUAUUUCUAUAUUUCCAUCACAACUUUUAAGUUUUCUGUUAGAUACUGUAAAUAAUGAUCUUUUUAUUGAUAAAUGUCAACCAAAACAGCAAAAUGAAGAAGAAGAAGAUGAUGAUGAUGAUGGUGAUGAUGAUUUUGAUGAAAUUCCAUCAACUUCAAUAUGUUCAGAAAACAAAAACAAAUGUGAUGAUGAUGUAAUGGAUGUUGAUACAUUAGAUACAUCAUCUGAAAUAAGUGAUGAGAGUUUAUUUAAAAGAAACAUUUUUCCUACUGCUGUAAAGUUGUUAUUUGCUUGGUGUGAUUAUGCUGCUUUUAUAAACAAUGAUAUUGCACCAUUGGAUAAAUUUAAAGAUAUUACUAAAAAAUUGUUUGAUAUGUGUGACGAAAAUUUCAGAAACAAGCUAUGGAAUGCUGACAUGGCAUUAAAUAUCUUGAAAUACUUUCUGUUAAAGAAUUAUGCUCCCAAUAUUACAGAACUAACUACAGUUGUAAACUGUUUAAGGAAUAUUCUUAACAAACAUCAUAAAGAACAGGAAAUUAGUAUUGCAUCUUUGAAUAUCAUCAUUCUUAUAAUUCCAUUUUUGUUUCCAAAUAAUAAUUCUGGUGAAAUAAACGAAUUAAAGCAAAAGAUAAUUCAUCUAAUCAAAACUUUUUGGAAAAUGGAAACUGAAAAAAAAAUUAACAGAAAUGUGAGUUAUGUUCUACUACAAGCAAUGGCUAAAUUGUUAGAAUGUGAUCCACUUGAAGAAACAAUACUUUGGUCUGAAGAUACUAAUGAAAGAAGACCUCUUUUUAAUGAUUUUAUAAAAUUUUUAUGUAACAAAAAUUAUAAAAUUAGGAAAUUAGCAACUAUAACUAUAAAAUAUUUAUUUCAAAAAAAUAAACAAAAAUUUGAGUCAUCGUUACAGUUAAUUGCAUUUGAGAAAAUAUACUAUAUAGUAAUUUCGUCAUUAAAGGUUCGAGACAACAGUCAAAACUUGGCUGAAAUAGAUGAAAUUAAUAAUAAAAGUUUUACACUGUUAUUAAGCUUAUCAUACAUUAUCAUUUCUAGCCCAUAUUGUGAAAAGUUAGCUAUAUUUGCUCUUUGUCAAAGUUUGAAGGAAAAAAAUAUUGUUAUUGAUUAUGUUAUGAAAUCUUUAACUCAAGUAUCAAAAAUUUUAAAAAUUAAAUCAGAAUCAGAACUUAUGGAAUUUCACUUACCAUAUAUUAUAAAUGAAUGGACAAAACAAAAAUACAAAUUAGUAGAUUUCCCAUUUCUAUUAUUGAAAUGUCAGACAUUGACAGAUUUUUAUAAAAAGCAUUAUGUUACAUUAACAUCAGUUCUUUUCUAUCAUCAUGAUAUUUCAGCAAUUCAAAAUCUUGGAAAUGAAAUAAACCACAGUUGGAUUGAUAUUCUUACUGAAUGUUUACCUAAGUUACUUGCUCAAAUUUUACCAUGGUUUGCUAAUGCCACUUCAAAAGUUGUUCUCAAUGAAGAUAGACAAAGUCAAGCUUAUAAAAAUCAUUGUUUUCUUGAAGAAACAUUAACAAGUGCAGUCAUUGAAAAUGUUGUAGAGAAAAAAUUGGAAGAGAUUAUUAUAUGUCUUUUAAAUUCAGUUGAAGAAACUGAUUUAAAUUGUGAAGAGUUUUCUUCUAAAAACUCAACUACCAAUCCUUUUAGUUUUCCAGUUAACAUGCUACAAACAACUGUGCAUUAUCUGAUGAAGAAUUGGUGUACAGAUAGAAGCCAGUCUCUUGUUGGAUUAUUAUCUCGAAAACAUGAUGGAAUACAAAAAAUACUGUUAUUCUUGCGUAGUACAUUAUCGAGGGCUCAUAGAAUUCAUGAAAAGAGACGUGCUUUUAUAAUGUACAGUUUAUUCUUUGAUCUACUAGUGCCAGAAUUACAAAGUGGAUUAGAUGGAAAUUCAUUAUUUGUGAUAAGAGAUCUAAUUGUUAGCAUGAUGCACUUUUUGGAUAGUCAAAAGUCUAAAAUAAUUGAAACUGAGGUUGAAGAAGUAUUACUUACCUGCUUCGAUCUUGUAAAUAAUCUAUGCCAUCAGUGUUUUCCAUCAUUUGCAGAAGUUAUAGCUGGACAACUUUCUAGAAUUGUGUACAUAGUUAGUUCUUAUAUAGAAUAUUCAAUAAAAAUUAAAGAAAAGGCUUUAUCCAUAUUAACAUUCCUAUUGAUCGAAAAUUCUGAAUAUUUGGAAAAAGAAAUUCUCUCUUUGGAUCCUUUUCCAAAUAAAGAAGUAUUUCAAGAAAUUAAAAAACAUCAUGAAAAUCUUCUUCUUAAGAAAAAUGUAUAUACAUUAGAAGAUAAAAUUUCACACUUUUUAAUUUCUCAUUCUAAUAGUGAGACAAACUUUACAGUUGAAGGAUUAAUUCAUUUAUUAAAUGAAAUUAUAAUUAGAAAAAAGGAAUUGCAAGUGUUAAUUAAUAAUUUGCAAGAAAGACAUCAUAUUAUAGAAGAUACAGGCAUGAAUAUUUUGCAUAAAUUAAUAUGUACUUUAAUUCGUUUAUGCAAUUGUGAAAAAUCUGAGAUUAAAAAAUUGGCAGUUAGAUGUUUAGGAGAACUUGGUCCUAUUGAUUUAUCUUCAAUUAUAUUACAACCAAGUGUUUAUUUUCAAGAGGAAACAAAAAUGAUUAAUUAUUUUAAUAAUACAAAAAUACAAUAUAAAUGUUAUUUUGUGAUAUUUAAUCUUUUAAAUGAUUUUCUACAAGAUAAAGAGAUUGAUGUAGUAUUUGCAGCAAGUGAAGUGUUAAAAAAUAUAUUAAGAACUAAAUCUGGAAGAGACUUUUUUUUAUUUUACAAAAGAAGUAAUGUUGGAAAUAUACAUUUAUAUAUUCAUCCAUUUUUUGAUAAGAAAACAUCUUUUAUAAAAGUAUCUCCUGUUCCAAAUAAUGAGUUUGUUAAUAAGAUUAAGGAUGAAUCUUUAUGGAGUCCUGAUAAUAUUACUUACAAGGAAUGGAUAAAACAAUUAGUUACAAGUUUGCUUAAUGCAAAUAUUAGUGAAGAUGAAGUAAUACAACAACUUGUACCUAUUUGUACUAUUGAAGUUAGAUUCUGUGAAAAAAUCUUACCUUAUCUCAUUCAUUUAAUUUUGUUGCAAAAGAAUGAUGAUAUAAGCAACAUAAUAUCAUCUCAGAUCAAAAUGUUUUUUGUUAAACAUUGUAAUCAUAUAAAAUGCCAAAAGCCAUUGUUGUGGCAACAGUCAAUUCCAACAAGUUCUGAUCAAAUUUUAUCAGCUUAUCUAUGCAAAUCAUCUGUACAAAUUAUGCUGAAUAUUAUUCAUCAUCUGAGAUGUAAUCAAAAAUUCAAUUAUUCAAAUUCAACUGCCUGGGAUAAUCAGUUUUGGUUAGAUAUUAACUACUUACACAUUGCACAAGCUGCACAAUAUUGCUUUGCACCAUUCACUUCUCUUUUAUAUAUAGAGAUAUGGUUUGAUACAAGAAUGAGAGAAAAAAGAUCAAAUUCUUUUGAAUUUAAUAUUGAAAAUCCUAAAAGUCCUGAAAGUCCAGAUAGUCCUGUGAUGUUAGCAGUAAGUCAUUCUGAUCCAGAAAAUGCUGUUUUGGCUCAUAAACUUCUUAGAAAAGCUUAUAAUUGUAUUGGAGAAGCUGAUGGUGAAUAUGGUUGUCAGAAUUUAGAUAUAAAUGGUGCAUCUAGUCAGAUAAAUUAUUACAUACAAGAAAAGCAAUGGGAUAGAUUACUCUCUCUUGAAGAUAUUUAUUUAUCUGAAUCAUCUGAUAAAUCUAAUAUUUUAAAAGCAAUGAAGAAUUUUGGAUUAUUUAAUAUUAUGAAAAUAUAUAUUGACAGCAUUAUUGAUAAAGGUAAUGAAAUAUCUGAAGAAUUAAUAGAAUAUCAAAAUGAAUGUGCUUGGAGAUUAAGUCAAUGGAAUAUUUCAGAUUUAAAUAAUAUUGAUGUGGGAUUUAAUCAAUCUUUAUAUAAAAGCUUGACUUCUUUAUUAUCUAAAGAUCAGGAUAGUUUUGAAGAAAAUUUAAACUCAGGAUGUUAUGCUGUUGUAAAAAAUUUUCAGCAGCUCAAUCUUGAGUCAGCUCGUAGUGUGUAUCCUGAGUUAUGUAAAUUAAAAAUGUUGAAUAUAGUACAAGAUUAUUCAAAUAUACUAUGGAAAAAUGAAAAAUUUACAUCAUUAAUAGCAAAAUGGCAUGAGGAUGAAAAUUUGCCAUAUAGUAGUUUUGAAUUUAUUGAACCUGUUUUGUGGUUGCAGAAUGUUUUACUAAAAGAACAUUACAAUAAUAGUUUUGAAAGUAAAGCUAAAGAGAACUUGAUAAAUUUCCUCCAUAAAUAUACUCAGAAGUCUUUAGAAGGUGAAUAUCCUGAGACUGGAAGACGAGCUCUGUGUAUUUUAGAGACAUUAACAGCUCAGGAUGAUCAGUUUUAUCAAUGGAAAAUUGAAGAUGCAAAAUUACACUGGGUAAAAAGUGAAUAUUCUGUUGCAAAGCAAAAGUUAAAUAAUUUAUUACAAUUAACAGAAAAGUGCUCUGGAUAUGCAACAUCUGAACUUAAAGCAAAAGCUCUAAUGUUAAAUGGACAGUGGCUUUCUGAUACUUGUUCUGAAAAUGCUACAAAUAUUCUAAAACACUAUUUUGAAAAGGCUGUUGAUGUAUUACAAUCUGAAGUAUUUGGUGAAUGUCCUGUUUUAUGGGAUGCUUAUUUGUCAAUUGCUCGUUAUGCUGAUAUACAAUAUCAACGAAUAACAAAUUACUUCAAAUCUUCAAUUUAUCAGGAUAAAAAAGAAUUUGUGAAACGUUCAUAUCAAGAAAUAGAUAAACUGAAAAAAAUGACAAAUAAUUUAAAUCGUGAUGACAAAAAGUAUAUAAAUGUAAUGGUGAAACAGAUAAAAAUUGAAGAAAAAGAAAUUGAAAUGCUACAAAAAGAUAAACUUGAAUUUUUACAUAAGGCUGUUGAAAAUUAUAUGAAAUGUCUGAAAGGAACUAAUUGUCAUGAUUUACGUAUAUUCCAAUUAAUUAGUUUAUGGUUUCAAAAUCAUUCAAAUGAAAAAUUAAACAAUUUUAUGAAAAAUAAUAUUCAUUACAUCCAAACUUAUAAGUUUUUACCUUUGAUGUAUCAACUUGCAGCAAGAAUGUGUAAACCAAGAAGAAAUGAAACAGACUUCUCUUUAUUGUUGUUUGAAUUAAUUCAAAGAAUUGUUAUAGACCACCCUUAUCAUGGUCUUCCAGUUAUUUUUGCAUUACAGAAUGCAGGAGCAGAUACUUUGAAAAAUGAUGAAUCUAAUAAUUUAACAGUUAAAGAGGAACGUGUUGAAGUAGCUAAAGAAAUGAUAACAAAAUUGAAAACUUCUAAACUGAUGCAUCUUAUAUCUGAAAUGCAAGUUGUUUUCUCAGCAUAUAUCAAAUUGGCCAAUCUAGCUGUACAAUCUCCAAAAUCAUCAAACAACAGUAUACCAGAGGAACAUCCAAUUUUACAAAUAAAAAACUUUAUAAAGGUUCCUGUUUUAACUGAAGAAAUUAAAGUUAAUCGUGACUGUAAUUAUGAUGAUAUAAUAGGAAUAAAAUCAUUCAAUUCCACAUUUAAGAUAUGUGGAGGUAUUAAUGUUCCUAAAGUGAUUUCUUGUAUUGGUACCAAUGGAAAAAAGUAUGAACAGCUUGUGAAAGGUUCAGAUGAUUUAAGACAAGAUGCUGUUAUGCAGCAAGUAUUUACUCUUGUCAAUCUUCUUCUUCAAAAUAACAGAUCAACUAAGAAAAGGAAACUAAAAAUUCGUACUUACAAAGUUGUUCCAUUAUCUCGCCGCAGUGGAAUCAUCCAAUGGUGUGAAGGCACAAUGCCUUUAGGUAAUUAUCUUGUGGGUGGAGCAAAUCUUAUAGGUGGUGCUCAUAAAAGAUAUUUUCCUGAAAAUAAGACAGCAAAACAGUGUUUUAAUGCUAUGAAAGAUGUUAUGGCAAGCCCAGUAGAUGUUAAAGAAGAUACAUUUCAGACUAUUUGUAAAAACUUUUAUCCAGUUUUUCGCUACUUUUUCUUGGAACAUUUUCCAGAACCUUCAGUCUGGUUUGAGAGACGACUCACAUAUACACAAAGUGUGGCAACUAGUUCAAUAGUGGGCUAUAUGCUUGGCAUAGGAGACCGCCAUGUUAAUAAUAUUUUAAUUGAUAUAAAUACUGCAGAAAUUAUACAUAUUGAUUUUGGUAUUGCAUUUGAACAAGGAAAAAUGUUAACAACACCAGAAACUGUUCCAUUCAGAUUAACACGUGAUAUAGUAGAUGGUAUGGGAAUAUGUGGUACAGAAGGAAUUUUUAAAAGAUGUGCAGAAAAGACUUUAGAAGUUCUGAGAAAUUCCCAAGAAAUAUUAUUGACAAUUUUAAGUGUGUUCUUAUAUGAUCCUCUUUAUGUUUGGACAAUUUCACCACAGUACGCUGCUGCUCUUCAUCAUAAUCGAGAAAAUGUGCAUGUUGAUAAUAGUGAAACUUAUUCACUAGCAUUUCUAAAAAGUGAUAUUCGUCAAAACUGUAAAGAAGUUAAUAAAAUGGCAGAACAUGCAUUGAUGCGACUUCAACAAAAACUGAAAGGUAUAGAAGAUACCAUACCAAUGAAUGUAAAUGGACAGGUCAAUAUGCUAAUCCAACAGGCUCAAGACACUCGAAAUUUAUGUCAACUUUAUCCAGGAUGGCAGCCUUAUUUGUAAAGAUUUUGUAUAUAAAUUUAGUAUAUAAUUAUGUAUGAUUAUAUUUUAAUAAUAAUUAAAAUAAUAUAAAAUAGCAUACAAUAAAAAAUAUUUG